AUGGCUUCGAACCAAGAUCAAGACAUCAAUCCCAUGAUGUCUGCUGCUAUGUCGGCCGGCCUCCAGCCGCCCUAUCAAGUUGAUACGGAUGGAGAUGUCGUUCUCUUCACACCCAAGACUCCAUUGAUUGACAUCAGCAAAGGCAAUGUGCCCGGAAACUACGCCCGCUUUCAGGUCUCAUCGAAGCAUCUCGCACUUUCAUCGGCUUAUUUCAAGCGAAUGCUGAAAGAUCGCUGGGCCGAAGGGGAAGCUCUUCGAACAAAUGGGUCUGCUGAGAUUCCCGUCAACGACUGCAAACCAGACAUCCUCCUGAUCAUUUUGAAUCUUAUCCAUGGACAGUUACGACAAGUCCCUCUCAGAUUAUCUCUACAGCAAUUGAGUGAUAUCGCCGUGGCCACCGACUUUUUUCAAUGCCAUGAGGUAGUCGAGGUAUUUGCUGGUAUAUGGAUAAAAGAUCUCUGGUGGCCUCUUUCGAUUCCGGGUUGGAGCCCUUUUUCUUUGUCUUUGGAAGAUAUGAGGACAUGGUUGAUGAUCUCCUGUGUCUUCAAGUCCCCUGACGUCUUUGAAGCAACAACAAGGACGGCCAUGCGGAAAGGCACAGGACCAUUCGACACAAGCUAUCUCCCAAUUCCAAAAUCCGUCAAAGACGCAAUCGAUCAAGCCAGACAGAAAUGCAUCGAAAAAUUUGAAGUCAUGAUCAAAAAGCACAUCUUAAAUCUGUUGAACGGCCCGAUUUGCUGUUCUGGAAAAUGUGAUGCAACACAGCUUGGCCACCUACUCAGUAGGAUGACGAAAGAGAAGAUAUUUUACUCGCUCGACACAGCCUGUACAUCUGAAUCUGAUCAUGUUCCAUCGAUCACCGUCAGUAUCUGCGAGCUCAGUCCUGACUUCAUCUACACCAUGAUCACGGAAUGGGAAAUGGAUGUUCCCUGCCGUCCCGCUAGUAGAUGUUUCAACAAAGCGAAUCCUUUGGGGGAUGAAGGGGAAUUGCGAGCAACGCAGAUUUACCAGGAGCUGACUGGGCUGGAAGACCUUUCGCUUACCUCCUAA